CGCGCGCAGCCCGGCGUCGCCCCGUGCAGCGCUCGCUCCUCCCUCCCUUCUCCCGCUCCGUGGCUCCCGCGCUCCCGGCGAGGCUCAGGCGCCGAGCGCGCGGACGGGCGCACGGACAGACGGCCCCGGGGAAGCCUCGGCCCGCGCCUGCCGGGCGGGCUAUGUUGAUUGCCGCGCCGGGGCCGGCCCGCGGGAUCAGCACAGCCCGGCCCGCGGCCCCGGCGGCCAGCGGGGACUAUGAACCGGAAAGCGCGGCGCUGCCUGGGCCACCUCUUUCUCAGCCUGGGCAUGGUUUACCUCCGGAUCGGCGGCUUCUCCUCGGUGGUAGCUCUGGGUGCGAGCAUCAUCUGUAACAAGAUCCCAGGCCUGGCUCCCAGACAGCGGGCGAUCUGCCAGAGCCGGCCCGACGCCAUCAUCGUCAUAGGAGAAGGCUCGCAAAUGGGCCUUGACGAGUGUCAGUUUCAGUUCCGCAAUGGCCGCUGGAACUGCUCAGCGCUGGGGGAGCGCACCGUCUUCGGGAAGGAGCUCAAAGUGGGGAGCCGGGAGGCUGCCUUUACGUACGCCAUCAUUGCUGCCGGAGUGGCCCACGCCAUCACAGCGGCCUGCACCCAGGGCAACCUGAGCGACUGUGGCUGCGACAAGGAGAAGCAAGGCCAGUACCACCGGGACGAGGGCUGGAAGUGGGGUGGCUGCUCUGCCGACAUCCGCUACGGCAUCGGCUUCGCCAAGGUCUUUGUGGAUGCCCGGGAGAUCAAGCAGAAUGCCCGGACUCUCAUGAACUUACACAAUAACGAGGCAGGCCGAAAGAUCCUGGAGGAGAACAUGAAGCUGGAGUGUAAGUGCCACGGUGUGUCGGGCUCGUGUACCACCAAGACGUGCUGGACCACGCUGCCACAGUUUCGGGAGCUGGGCUACGUGCUCAAGGACAAGUACAACGAGGCCGUCCACGUGGAGCCCGUGCGUGCCAGCCGCAACAAGCGGCCCACCUUCCUGAAGAUCAAGAAGCCGCUGUCCUACCGCAAGCCCAUGGACACAGACCUGGUGUAUAUCGAGAAGUCGCCCAACUACUGCGAGGAGGACCCGGUGACGGGCAGCGUGGGCACGCAGGGCCGUGCCUGCAACAAGACGGCGCCCCAGGCCAGCGGCUGCGACCUCAUGUGCUGCGGCCGCGGCUACAACACCCACCAGUAUGCACGCGUGUGGCAGUGCAACUGCAAGUUCCACUGGUGCUGCUAUGUCAAGUGCAACACCUGCAGCGAGCGCACCGAGGUGUACACGUGCAAGUGAGCCAGCGGCCCGGCUGGCCGCCUCCCGCUGCAGCUUCGCCUGCGGGAGGACCGGACUGCAGUCCCCCUGGAGGUCACCUCCCAGACCUUCCCGGGGAACCGCAGGACACUGAGCUUGUCUUUUCUGCUGAGGGGGCCCCUCUCUGGGUCCCCGCCGGCACCCGUGGUAGAGAUGGCUCCGGAGCCCUGACCGUUCCAUCCCACGCCCAGCGCUUCUCCUCCAGCCCCAGACCCACCUGGGGUCCUCCUCCUCUGGAGCACAGCCUUUCGCAGCAGGAAGUCUGGACCCUAGGGCCUCAUCAUAGCAAUAUUUAACAAUUUAUUCUGAUAAAAAAUAAUAUUAAUUUAUUUAAUUAAAAAGAGUCCUUCCACCUUGUAGGGAUCCAUUUUCUGCAAUCAAAGUGGGCCUCUUGCUUCCCCUGCGGGAUGACGUCGCUAGGACCAGGACCCAAGAGAACUGUACCCUUAUUCUGUGUGCAGAUGGCUCUGCUAGGUGAUUUCGCAGGACCCUUUUGCCGCAGUAGAUGUUUCAGUCCAGAGCAGACGUCCUGUAAGCAUAUAUAGAUAUAUUUACAUACACUUUUAUAUGUUUUUGCUGUUGCUGCUACUUAUCCAGAAAUUUAAGCUGGUCCAGAUUUGGAGACGUUUUCCAGAAUACGUUUCCCACUCUUUGGUCCCCCCCAGCUCAGACUUCGCCAUUAGAAAAACCCAGUUUGGAAUAGAAAGAGAGAGGAAAGAUAAUAAUAAAACUCCCAACGGUUUUCAUCUUUUGGAAAGUGAGCCACUGGAUGAGAGAGAGUAUUUUGUAAGAGACUAUUUUUAUAUGAAUAUUUUAUUUAUAUCGAGUCUGCCUGUAUCAUUCCGUGGCCUCUGCUGCUGCUUAACUCUGGUACUCACCUUUGGGUAAGGAGGGGCGAGGCCUGGCCCUGGGGUCCCGCCCCACGGGGCCCCUCACGUAGCUGGGUUCUCGAGUUCUGUUGGCCAAGUGGACAGAAGAGGCCCCUGGCUGCCGGCCUGCAGUGUCAUCGGUUUUCCCUGGGAGAGGAAUCAGAUCCCCAGCCCCAGCCUGGUAAGCUCAGGCCUUUUGAGAAGGGUCACUGAGUGGUGACCUCGUGAUGAGCAAUUUGUGGGCAGGCCGGUGCCCUCGGCGUUGCACGGCCGUCACAGGGACUCAGUCAUCACCGCUCAGCAGAAGCCAGCUCAGGAAGCCCACCCCUCAGCAGGACACUCUGCCGUUACCGUGUGUCACGGGGGGUGAGGCACAGCCCUCAGUGAUGGGGCAGGAAAGCUAGGGCGAGGUGUCCCAUGGGCAGCAGGACCCAC